AUGGAGCCCACGCCCAAUAUGCUGAAGCAGCUGCUGCUCAAGAACCACCAGGACGCGAUUCUGCAGCUCCAGGGGAACUCUCCGUCGCCUCCCCUCUCUCUUUGCUCCGCUUCGAUGGCGGACAGCAGGGAACGGAUUCGCGGACCCUCUCGGGAUGGUCGCGAGUUCCUGACCAGUCCCAGGCAGGUACUCCGUCGGCUGAUGCUGCUCUCGGAGGGCAGACAGUACAGGGAGGCUGCUGGCGUGGUGGGCAGACUGGGACCCUCCGUUCUGCGGUCAGUCAUCGCCGAACUGCCGCUGGACCUGCUGCUGGAGCACCUGCCGCACAGCGCCUACCUGCUGGAAUCGUUCUUCACAAGAUUGACCACAUUGAACACCACUCCGAAACCAGAUGUUCCCAGUGAAACGGUGGCCUGGCAACUGGUGCGUCUCUUUGCCAAUCCCCACGAAUCUGGGCUCCGGCAGAGAUGCACUCGACUCCUGCAAGCUUUGGCUCAAUAUGAACCCGGUCUACGGCAAACGUUGCGGGAACGCAGGCGCAGCUUCGACAAUGCUGUUCAGGGACUCGGAGUCCAUGGACUGACCACCGAUGCCUCCGGUCAGCUAAUAUCACUGCACGUGGCCUUGAAAACAGAGCUCCAGCGCCAUGUGGACACCUACAAGAUGGCCAUUCACAAGCUGGAGGAGUUGAGCAUGGUGACGGUGAACCAGGACCCAGCCCACUCCUCCCACCAACGCUUGUUGGCCAUCAACUACGGGGACAUUCAGCAGCGACUGAUCGACAACAAGACCCUGCUCACCAUGCUGGACAAGCCGGCGCUGAAGCAGCUGCAGACCCUGGUGGAGAACCUGAGCACCCGGGUGGAGAACGACAAGGAGGUGCUGACCUGCGUGGGCCAGGUGCGCCGCCUCGACUCGCAGGCCCUCGUGGAGAAGCGUCCCGCCGCCGGCCUCCUGAUGAACUUCUCCCGCGGCUGCGAGGUGGUGCUCCACAUGAUGGGUCCCGAGGGAGGUCCCCCGGGCUCCGCCCUCUCCAUGGGCAAGACCACGCCCCCGGGCGGCGCCAGCACGAGCAGCUGCAGCGACGGCUACCACUCGGAUGACUCCGGCAGCGACGAUAGCAGCGAAAUGGUGUCGCUCUAUCGGAAUCUCUACGUCGAGAACCGAGCGGACGCACUGGAGGCGUUGGACAGUCUUCCCCAGAUAAAACACGCGCACAGCCUCAAGGGAAAGAUACUCUUCUCCAUGAUCGUGCUCUCCUUUCGGUUGUGCCACGGAAUGAGGGAACGGAAGGUCCUGGAAGUGCGGCGCGUCCUGAACUGCCCGCUGGACAGCAGCAGCGAGACCACCUUGUCCCUGGACAGAUCGGUUCGCCAACAUCUCUUCGAGACCGCCGAGAACUUUCCGCUGGGCGAGAUCGAGCGGUCGGUGUUCAACCAGGUGCUCUCCACCUUGCACGAGUAUCCUUGCCUGGAGUCCUGCCCCCCGUUGACCCACUACGUGAGUGCCUGUGUGCGUCUGGCCUGGCGGAUGAUCAACCAGAAGGCGCCCUACUACCUGGACAUGGACUUCAACCUGGGCUUCCUGAGGCCCGAGAAACACGAGCGGCAUCCCCAGGCUGACCGGCGAUCGGAUCUGAUAAAAGCCUUCCUGUGGCCCGCCCUGAUGCAGAACAACCAGUGCGCCUUCAAGGCGGUGGUGGCCACCUGA